AUGGCUCUUUCCAACCAGCUUCGAUAUCUCCUGCGCGAACAAACGAAUGAUGGUGGUUGGGAUGCCCUCGAAAGCGUCGCCAGACGACACAGCGAGUAUCCGGAAAAUAUCUGGAUCCAAGACUGUGUUAUCCAUUCGUUGGCUGCCCUUCUCGCCCUAUGUAGACAUGUCCGGCGUUUUUCAUCCCAUCACCGAGAACCACUACCCGACGAUAUCUUGUUUCGACUCUUCCGUGCCAAGUCGUUUCUAGAUGCUAAGCUGCAAAAGUGGCAACCAGAUGAUGGUAUUCAUUUCACGGUUGAACUGAUUGUUCCGGUCCUACUCCAUCUUCUGCAUGAAGAGGGUGUAGACUUUCAGUUUCCUGCAAAGGACGACUUAUUGAGCAAGUAUACCGCAGCGACUAGCGUUGACCUUCGCUGGCUAUAUCAGGGCCCCUGCAGCAUCCCUCUGUUUUCGCUGGAAGGGUUCGCGAGACAGCUUGAGUGGGACAAGCUGGAAUGUCUCGUUACUUCUUCGGGUAUAACGGCUUCUCCGGCCUCUGCGGCGGCGUACCUAAUAUUCUCUCCUAACUGGAGCGAUGAGUGCGAGGCAUAUCUUCGUCACAUUGUGUCGCACGGUCAAGGGAAGGGAAAUGGUGGGGUAGGCGGGGUAUAUCCUUUGGAGGUGUUUGAGCCCUGCUGGGUUUUGUCAACCCUGCUGGACAGCGGCUUCACGGUCGAAAACUUAGGAGCACAGAACGUGGGUGACCUGGUCGAAUUGAUUCAUGGGUCUAUUUCAGACGGCGUGACCGGUGCUACCCAUACCUUCUUCCCCGACGCGGACGAUACAGCACGGGCAUUGAUGGUUCUCAAUAACAACGGCUAUGAAGUUAGCCGUGCAAAUUUAAUUAAGAAGUUUGAGUGCGAUGAUGGCUUCGAGACUUUCGAUGACCGAAUGCCCCAACGGGUGACAAGCGUAAGCGUCAACGGAAACGUACUAAGCUGCCUCCUUUCCUCGUCCAAUCCCAGUGCCUUCACCCCACAGAUAGAGAAUAUUGCCAAGUUCAUGUGCACAAAAUGGAGCAAAGAGAAGACCCUCCACGAUCACUGGAACUUAUCCGAAUAUUACGGUAUCAUGCACAUUGCUCAAUCACUCGUCCCGGUCAGAGUCCUCUGGGACCAGGGAUGUAUUCCAGGUCUAGCAGAAGAUAUCGUUGAAAAGCAUAUAUCGACAUGUCUGCGAGAGGUAGUGGACCGUGUCCUUCGUGGACAGAAUGAUGAUGGCUCCUGGGGCAACAUGCACGGCGUUGAGGAGACAGCAUACGUGAUCAUCGCGCUUGCACAGCUAGCGUCGCACGUUGCCAUCGUCAGUGAUUACAGCAAAGCCGACCUGGCUAUUGCUAGGGGAAAGCAAUUCUUGUUAGAGACCUGGACGAUGGGCCAGAAGCCGGACAGGAUAUGGACGGGCAAGGUUCUGCAUGGCAUAUCAUAUGUGCAUGAUGCGCAUGUCCUUGCUGCUUUGAAGAUUAAUCGGGCGAAUCUGGCUGGAAAGCGAGGUUUCUUCUGA